AUGGCGGCGGCGGCCCUGUCGGGCCCGGCGGUGCGGCUGUCGCGCUCGGUGGCGGCCCGCGGCUCCGACGGCGCCUUCUGCAAGGGGCUCACGCGCACGCUGCUCUCCUUCUUCCACCUGGCCUGGCGGCUGCGCAUGAACUUCCCCUACUUCUACGUCGUGGCCUCCGUGAUGCUCAACGUCCGCCUGCAGAUA